AUGGCUCAUCUUCCUUUUAUGUUGUUUCUAGGCAAGUUUGUAAGGCGUAGGGGUGGAGCUGUGGACUUUGAAGAACUGAGGCGGCAUGGAUACAAAGGUGGCCCCUCACUUCUGAGAAUGCCACCGCCUAAAGACGACACAGAGCCCAACUGGACCUGGUCUACAGGCAAAGAAGAACGCCUUGCUGCCACCAAGGACAAGAAUGGAGAGUCUUACGAAGAGCGGCAGAAAACAAGGGCAGCUCUAAUGGCUGGGGAGCAGCUGAUGCAUUCACAGACCCGGAAAGAGAAGGAGGAGAAGAAUCAGCUUUCAUUCUCGCAGAAGGAGAAGAGGAAACGAGAGCUUGGUCAGGCUAGCAGGGGAAAGAAUUAUGUCGAAGAAGAGAAGAGGUUGUUGAGAGAUAGUGGCGUCUACUCUGGCUUUGAUACAUAA